AUGCCACUUCUCGCUCUUUCCAACGAGCUUCUCCAUGCGAUCAUCGAAUUCUGUGAGUUUAGUGGUGUACGCGAGCUCUGCAAGUCUUGCCAUCAGCUCAACACAGUUGCUACGCCUCAUUUGUAUUCUACAAUCACCUUCUAUGACAAGACUGAAGAAAUUUGUCCAAAAGAUCCUUCCCACUACCACUUCCUUCGCACUAUAGUCCAUCGCCCUGACCUUGCGAAAUUCCCAAGAAUCUUCCAUUGCGUGUGGUUACUUCGUGCACAAGUCGAAUCGACCUGGAGACUCUUCUGUCGCAAUAUAGAUGAUAGUUCCGAUCCCGCUACCAGCCUAAGUGAUCUCAUUAGGAUCAAGGUCAACGAGGCCAGCGCCAGCAAAGAACACGCAAAGCUUUGGCACACAGCUAUCUUUGGAUUGGGAGAUAGCAGGGCACCGGGUAGUGACGGUACUAUGGCACUCAUUGUCUGUCUUCUCCCCAAUCUGAAGGAGAUUCAUAUGUCCGAGGCAAAUUUUAAGCGUGGUGGAAAUGCAGGUACUUUUAUUGACCCUACUGCAGAGUUCUUUGCCCCUAUGUUUGCACACGCAGUAGCACUUCAGACAAAGCAGGGAGAAUCGGAAAACGAAAUCUCGCCAUAUUCUAUGUCUAAAUUGGCCUCCAUGUCAAUAAAGAACCUUUCGCGUGCUGAUGUACCACUUUCAAAAAUUCUGCAUCGUCUUGAACUGCCAUCACUCAAAAAGUUCGUCGCUCAAUAUGCCAUCGAUCUUCCCAACGGAAUUCCCUUCAGCAUUCCUGAAACAUUUACCUCUGGAGUCCAGGACCUGCGAUUUGAGCGUAGUUUGUUCCACCCUGAAAAUUUGAGAAGACUCCUGAGCGCCUGUCCAUCACUUUGCAAGUUUGCAUUAGAGUACUCCAGCACCAGAAUUCCGUUUUGUUCUACAGAGAUGGUUGAAGGUUUGAUGGCCAGUAAGGAGACACUCAAAUUCAUUGAAGCUGGAAUGACAAGUGAAUUCAUACGCCCUCAUUUGGUUCUUACUGGAUCCUUCGGUCGACCCGGUUCAUUUGCAGAUUUCCCAAGAUUAAAGGAGAUUGUCGCGAGUGCUGGAGUCAUUCUUGAUGACUCGGCAAACAAAAACACAUCUGCAGAGAAGCGUAGUGAUGAAGAUACCGACGCUGAUCACAUAAGAGCCUUUUUACAGCGCAUCCCUCGAAGUCUCCAAAAACUCACAUUGAAAGACUGCUACGCGUUUGAUCGCACGUCAUUUGCGGCAGUGCUGGCAUUGGUCAGAGAGAAGGAAAGAUAUACUCCAGAUCUCAAGUACAUCAGCUUGACGUGGCUCGGUAUUCAUCCUUCAGAAUAUCGUCCGAGCAAAUAUGAUUUGAUCAAGGCAUGCAAGGAAGGAGGAAUUGAAUUAGCAUUACAUUUCAAACAUUACUAUUUUUAA